AAUACACAGAACAGAUGUGUUUGUAACCUUUUUAUUUAUUUCAGUAUGGAAUUUAACUUUAUUUUCCCCUUUUUCUAAAUAUACUAGUACCACUUAACUUGUGACACAGUUCGUUUUGUCUUAAUCAGAAUAUGCCCACACUUAGUUGAUAUUAUAUGAACCAAAGCUACUCAAGUGCCUGAAUGCUGCUCUGAGCAGUACAACAUUUAAAGCAUUAUUUGUUAUCUACACUAAUGAAGAAUAAUAGUAAUAAAAUAAAAACAUUCCAUAAAUUUAUAAAGUGAAGUGGACUUGAAUGAAGCCAGCUGACACUGAGCAUUACUUGUGUUUAUUUAUUGAAAGCAUUAUUGAAAAGUAGAUUGCUAGUUUUGCUAUAAGUUACUUUCAUAUUAGUUUUAAGCAUUAAUGUGAAGUUUGCCCCCAGAAGGAGGUAAAAGAGCUGCUUUUCAGUGUUUUGUAUUACUCAAAACACAACAGAAAACUGAAAUAUAGAUUUUUAGAUUCGUUUUAAGCACUUCAGGGACAUCAGGUUAUUUUUCUUUAUUUUUUUCAUCCUUCCCUCUGUGCCUUUUCAGCUCUUUAUAAUCAUGGCUGUGAAGCAAAAUCAUUUAUUUAGCUAUUUUUUAACAGUUAGCUGGAUUUUAUGUAUUCAUUAAGGGUUAAAUUAAGUUCCUGUGCAAUUGUCAACACGGAUUGUCUAUUUUCAGUUUAGUCUUUUGGUGCAGUUGUGACAGUUUGAUAUUCAUGCCCAAGCCUUAAUUUCUAAAACUGUCCGUACUCCUUGUAAAUCCUGUUAACCUCUUAUUUUUGUGUGGUUUCCUCUUUUUUACAAUAUGAAUUGUUCAUUAAAACUGAACAGGUAUAUACUAAAUUAAUAAUGAUUAGAUUUUGUUAAAUGAAGGAAUUUUGUCCAUCUUCCUUCCUAAAUGAAAUCUGGUACUGUAUGUGAAAAAAGUAAAGACUGGUGAGAAAACCAUUUAUUUCCACAGACAUUGCUGUUUUCUUCUAUAAUAUCUAUCAAGACAAACUUAAAUUCAUUUUUAAAACCAAAUUGUUUUUAAAGUAUUCAGUAGGAAAAAGUGCAAAGAAUAUUAACAUUAUGAAUAACCCUAAUCAAAUUUAAGACCUGUUUAAAUCCAUGAUUGAAUGUUUAAAACUACACUUUACAAAUAAUGAAACGGUUGUAUCUGUGAUAUCAAAUCUGUUUAUGUAACGUCUGCAAAAAAAAAAAAAUUCCUUACGAAGCAGAUCCCCAUCCCAACCAAAUGCUGCUGCUGAGUUGUUUAUCACAUCAAUACUUUGUAAUAAUGAUCCUGUACACAGUAGUUUGAAAGUUUUGUUGUUAAGAAGGUUGUCUUUUUUUCUUUUUUUAAUAUUCUAAUCAUUGAAGGAUACGUUUUUUGUAAUUUUCAGGUCAAAGUUGUUUCUUCAUAAUCAUGGCAUAUAUUAUUUUGCCACAUUAAAUUAUGUUCUAAAGUGAUAGAUGUAUAUUUUAUAAAAUAUAUAUAUAUAUAACUAGGUUUCUCUUUUGCCCUUUUUAUGAAUGUAUUUGUACAGAAUUUAAGCUGUUGGCUUUUUAGUCUUUGAUCUUUGCACAAGUCACUUGAUAUAUUGACCUUUUAUAUUCCAAAGCAUGGUGUUUAUUCCUUUUUAGUAAAAGACAUGGUAAAACAAUUAUUGCAAAAUAAUAUUUUGUAUAUGGGGAAAUUUAGUGCCUUUAAAGUAACAUGAGAGAAAUAUCUUUCUAAAUUCAGAUUCAGCUGCAGAGACUCUUUGUAUUUUGUCUUCAGUAUGCGCACUUCUUCCUGUCGUACAUAAUGUGUAUUAAAUUUAUAAGAUACUUUAUGCCUGUUGUGCAAGGUAUUACAUGAAACUGUCCUAAAUUAAAACUGAAUGAAUUUUGAUUUGUAAUAUGUAAUUGGUACUGUUAUAACUUCCACGCAACCAUUAAAUCUUUUGAAGGCUGCAUUUUCUGUUUGGUGUGUUUUUAUUUUGUUUGUCCUCUUAUUCACAGACAUGCAUUGACUUGACGGGCCUGCUAGGAGUGACUGAACAUAAUUAUGCACAGUGUCCUGUUAGCAUCCUAUAACUCCAAGGCUGAUUUUCUGCUUCCUCUCUGCCCCUGCCUAGAAAAGCCUUAAUUCUGAUCACCAUGGGCCUCAUGUAUAAACGUUUUUCGACAGUGAAGAACAAUGAGACCGGAUAAAAGACUCCAGUGCAGAAGUACCUUCUUCAUCACAUGUUUGGCCCUCACUUCAGCAGCUCAUCAUGUCAUAACGCCAGUGACUCUCACUCUACUGUUUGGACAGAGGGCACACUUCAACUGUACUCUGGUGGAGAAAGGCAACUGUGAGGAGGUGAACUUCUACUGGCGACACAAGUGUCUGUUCCAGAAUGGCACAGAAGGAGACUGGAAUGAUAUUAAAAAUGGCGAGAAGCACCGCAUUAUUUACAACAAACUAUGGAGCUCUCUGGAAAUUACAGAUGUGAUUGUCUCAGAUGAAGGCUGGUACAUGUGCUACAACUUCUGCUUUGGGAAGAAGACUCGCUUAAUUGAAGAGAAGGCGAAGCUCAUUCUUGAAGCCCAGCCUACAGUGAGUGCCACUUCAUCCACAUCAUCUGAAGCAUCUGACCUCCUGCUCCUGACCUGUAGUGCUGUGGGUUUCUACCCUAUCAGUGUGUCGUUUACUUGGCUUCACUCCUUUCCAGGGGGACUCCACACCAGUUCUGAGGUGAUACCCACUGUCCUCGAGAAUGGCACCUACAGCAGCAAUUCCACUCUACAGAUCAGCACCGCCCAAUGGAACUCAGAGACGGAGAUCAAAUGUGUGGUGAAUCACAGUUCUCUGACGAAACCACAUAUCGAAUACUUCAAACAGUCGGGAGGUCUGUCAUCUGGUGUGUCUCGCUGUCAGCUGAAAAUAAUUCUUCUGUCUUUGGGUUUGAUGCUGAUGAUCUCUGCUGUCACAGGAGUCCAUGUGACGACACACAGAGGAAACAAAUCUCAUCAAGGCAAGUCUUUUGAAGAAAAAACUGAAGAAAGCUGAAGAAAUGGAGUAAAAUAUGUAAGGAUAUACAGCGACAAGGAAGUUCAUGUAUUAUACAUUAAUUUUGUGCCAGACUUUUGAAUGGUGGAAAAAAUAUUUGAAGAGAGCAAACAAUCUCUAUUUUCUAGAAUGCCAUUUACAGCCUUGGUUUACAAAGCACUUUACAUAAUUAAUCAGCCCGCGUUUACUUUUACAAUGUUCUGCUAUAUAUUGAUAUAUAAAAAAAUAUAUUUUAACUUACUGUGUAAAUUUUAACAUUCUUGUGUUUUAUGUACACUUAUGAGCCAAAACAUUCUGAACACAGUCAUAUGAAGCAAAUGACAUCAACUCUCUCUUAACAAGAGCACAUGUCAAUGCCAGGGAUAUAUUAGAUGGCAAGCUGACAUUAGGUACUUGUACAUGUUGAAUGAAUAAGAUAUGGGCAAUUGUGAAGACCUGAGUGACUAGUAAG